UAUUGAUGAGGUUGCCGCGAGUCUGUCGGGUCAGAGGUUGUUGUGAGGUUUACAGAGCAGAGUCGUCCGUCUCUGCACUGUUUCCCAUCCGAAAUGGCCAUGAACGGAGCCUUUCUACGGAUCCUGGCGCUGCUAGGGAUGUUGUGCCCGCUGGCCAGAGGAAGUGUGAACCUGUACCUCAGCGGGGACGAGGUGAAGAAGCUUCUCGGUUUGACAGCAGACCUGUACUAUGUGAGAGAUAACCAGGUGAACAGCUAUGCCCUGAAGUUCAACCUCCCUGUACCUGCUGACAUCAACAGUCUACACUUCACAUGGAGGUCCAGUAUGCCAGGGGUUCGUUACCGCAUGAGUCUCCUGUCAGAGAACACCAGAAUUCUGAAGAAGCCAGAGACCAACAUCUCACUUGCUGGGGAGGUUCCACUGGCGGAGUCAGUCUUCAGAGUGAACCUGACUUGCUCAGGCCAGUCUAAUGCAGAGGUCGGAGUUCACAUACAACUGAACGUGACGCUACAUUCAGCCCAGAACUACACAGUACUCAACUUCCGCAGACGGAAAAUGUGCAUGAUAAAUGAUGAACCCAUCAUUAAACCUGGUACUGGGAGUGUGAACAACUCUUCACCCAUAGUGAGAGGUGAGUCAGACUACUCGGUCUCCAACUCCACCAGUGUGUUCUACAUCGCUGUGGGCGUGGCUUGUACAAUCAUCUUCCUUAUCGCCAUGGCGAUAGCUGCAAUCAACGUCCACUCCAUCAAGCAGAACGACAGAAUAAGGACAGCUACCGAUAAUUACGUUCCUCGCUCUUGUAGGACACGGUACAGCCUCUUCCUAAUCUGUAGCGUUAGGAAAUUCUUUAUUAAAAAUCUUGCACAUUGGUUCCCUCCAGCGUACCCCAGCCUAAGGAGAUACCCCAACAUGACGGAGCCUGUAGCAGACGUGCGGUCGCAGCUGUCAGACAUCUGUAUCCAGCGCACAGAGGUCACCCUGGGAGACGUGUUGCAGGAGGGCACGUUUGGGAGAAUCUAUCACGGCAUCGUGGUGGGGGAGGACAGGGCCGAACAGGAGGUCUUCAUAAAGACGGUUACAGACCAAGCAUCAGAAGAACAGGUCCUCCUGUUGUUACGCGAGAGCUGCAUGCUGCGAGGUGUCCACCACAGACAUGUGCAGACCAUCACCUACGCCUGUCUGGACGAUGGCCGACCCAUGACAAUCUUCCCGUACCUGAACCAUGGCAACCUGAAAGUCUUCCUCAAACACUGCAGAGCAUCGGAAACACACACACAUCAGAUCCUGUCCACACAAGACCUGGUGCACCUGGCCAUACAGAUUGGUAAAGCCAUGCAGUACCUGGGGAAACGUGGGGUGGUGCACAGAGACCUGGCCACCAGAAACUGUGUACUUGAUGAAGGGUUAAACGUUAAAGUGACGGACAACGCCUUGGCAAGGGACCUGUUCUCCGGAGACUACCACUGUCUGGGAGACAACGAGAACAGACCCGUCAAAUGGCUCGCCAUCGAGAGUCUCGUGGACAAGCACUUCUCAUCAGCUAGCGAUGUGUGGGCGUUUGGCGUGUUGCUAUGGGAACUCAUGACCUUGGGACAGACGCCAUAUUCUGACAUUGACCCGUUUGAGAUGGCCUCGUACCUGAGGGACGGUUUCAGGGCACCCCAACCCAUCAACUGUCCUGAUGAACUGUUUGCAAUCAUGGCAUGUUGCUGGGCCCUGUCACCAGAAGAGAGACCAAAGUUUGCCCAGUUGACGGCCUGUCUACAAGAGUUCCACAAGGCCCUGGGACUCUACAUAUAGACAACAAUAAACACUUGUGUACAUAACAGUUGAAUAUAAUGGUUCUAGAAGUAUCAAAAAUGUAUGUAACAAAUGUAUUGAUAUUGGUAUCAAAAAGGGAUACAACUGUAUGUAUUCAAGAUAUGAAAAAUGAUGCUUUUGCACACUCUUCAUUACAGUGUUGAAAUGUACCAUUGAUAUAGCUAUAUUCGUAUGACAUGCAUAUACAUAGCAUGGAAGAAUAUUUUCUGUGUGAUGAACAUGUGCAUGCUAUAUUUGCAGAAUGAUUGUUUUUGUCUGUGUUUAAGUUAUGAAACUUCUACCAAGUAGAGAGCUGUGUUUUCUCCAAAUACCACACAAGUCUAGUCCCCAAAAUGUAACAAGAUUUAUGUAGUUUUUCAGAAGAUGAUCCUUCUCCAUACUUAGUUUUAUGGUUUCAAAAUGACUAUUUCUCCACUGGAUAGAGUUAUUGUAAGUUCUAGAAGUGGUUUAGCAGGUAUAUGUAUUUAUGGUGUACACAAGUGUGCAGUUGUUAGAGAAGGUGCAGUUC